CACUACAACCGGGAGAAGAAAGGAGGACUAAGGGCCGAAGCUAGGGCCCGUAAUCUUGAGGCUGCAAGGAAAGCAGCAGCAACUUGCGGCGUAGCAAUGGCUACCGCUUCAGCAACGUCUGCAACAACUUCUGGUCUGGGCAUGUCGUCCAAUUCGACCAGCUCGCAGUCAGUCUCCAAUACGUCAGAUGUCGGUGCUAGUCAGAUGGCGGGUGUGCAGUCUAGCCUGCCGCCUCAUCUUCUAAGGGAGCAGAUGGAGCUCCGGCAGGUAGAGAGGAUCCGCCUGAGGUUAGCGGAGGAACUCAAAUAUGCUACUAAGAAGGACAAAGAAAUUAGAGAGAGAAGAACCAGACUAGAGAGUCGGGAGGCAGACCUAGCUGCACUAGAGGGUUUAGACAACGCGACCCUUGACUCUACAGGAAAGAUUCUGAAGGCAAGCGUCAUGUCCAUGCAGGCGUACACGGAGAGCAAAAUGGACGCCAUGGAGGACACCCUGGACCAGAUCCUGCAGGCCUUACAAAGGCCGGGGAUUCGGACAACAACUAAGCCAUUGCUUCCAUUAUCAGCGAUGACAGGCCCCUAUGCCGCUCAGUCUGGGCAGCAACCAAGCGGUAGCAGCAGCGCUAUCACAGACUGUUGCUUCUUCAUCUUCUGGUCCAGCGACUGGAGCUACAUCACAGUCGCCACCUGUCUCGCCAUCGGGACAGCAAAGACCCCUCUGAAACCACCUCCCAUCUUCUCAGGAGACAAGAAGGAUGAGGCUCUUGACACGUGGUUGAGAACGACUGCAGUGUGGGUGAGGGCAAAGAGGACUUUGGUAGAGGAGGAGGUGAUAACUACUACAUCCUAUUUAGAGGGUUCAGCAGCCCGUUGGCUUAAUGGAUUGGUAGCUUCCAAGGGGUUCGGCAGGAACAUGGGUGACUGGGCGCAGACCCACACCCUAGAGAGUUUUUGGACUUACGCUCGAUGGCACAACCCUCAACAGGCACAGAUUGGCACUGAUGGGCUACUAAAGCUUGAUGCUAGUAAGUACAAGUCGGUGAGAGAGUUGUCCACGGCCGUAGAGCGCCUGAUUGUCGUCCCAGGAGUAGAGUACAAUCCACAGCAAGAUGAUGGCAAUGGGUAUAGACCCGUAGAGUUCAUGUCCGCUAGGUUACCUUCAAAGAAGGAGGACGCUGAGGCAGCAAGGAAGGCCGCAGACGAACGCUGUAAACUACGCCGAGACAAAAUCCUCGAAUGCGAGGGGGACAUCGAGGUGAUCGUCGGCGAAUGGGCAGUGGCUGCUGAAGAGGAGGGUGCCCCCCCCGCUGUGCGUGGCCUUGCAACCACAGUCGAACAUGUGAGCGACUUGGUCGCCACCUGUGCAGCACAGCAAGAGGACAUCCUCUGCGUGGACACCCUGGUCCGGAAGCAGAUUCGAAUUAGCGAUGAACUGCUUGACCGGGUACGCCGGCUGGAACAGCAGCCUACAACAGCCACCCCCGCUGGACCCUCCAACUUGACGGACCGCGUCAACGUCUUGGAAAUCGACGUCGAGACUCUCAAGGACGGCGCUCUAGCGACAAAUCAGCGGAUUGACCAGCAGAUUUGUGCCGCCGCAGCCAGUCCGACCGCGACUACUCGCGAGAGCAUCCCAAAGUUUGACGGACUGCCGAUCUUCUGCGAUGCAACGAAGACAGACCCGAUCCCAUGGUGGCGGCAGUUCGAGUUGAAGUUGGACAUUCACCACGUCAUCAACCCGAACCGGCACGCAUACUUAUACUCCCGCUCAGGGGGCACGUGCCAGGCAUGGCUGGACAACAUGUUGUCCAUGCACAACGUCGCAGUCUCUGAGCUGCAUACAAAGAUCAGCUGGGCUGAUCUGAAGGCAGCAUGGCAUAAGCGGUUCCAAGUGGAGCCGCCCGAGCUUCAGGCAGCCGAGAAACUGCAACGGUUCUAUGAGAACGACCUGCCAAGCACGGACUUGAUAACCAAGUACCGACGCUUGGCAUCCACGCCCAACUUGUCGUCGACAUUUGUCGCUAUCAAGCACUUCUUCAUCAGGAGUUGUCCGGUGUUGCAGAACGCCUUGACGCAAGUUGCGGAGACGCUCACCACAAGUGAGCAGCGUUUGGAUAAAGCCUCGCAGAUCAUCGUGAUGAACAUCGAAGCCAAGAAUUUGGGCCAUUCAUCUGCUGCGGGCCAGGGCAGAGGUCAGCAUCGGCCGAAAGUGGCCGUGGUCGCAGCAACUACCGCGACCGAUCCUUCAAACGAGGCUGCCUCUUCUGAUGAAGGAGACAGAUUGGCAGCUGCCCGGGAUGGUGGCCGCCCCGCCAGAGGGCGAGGAUGCGGCAAACCGAAGACACACACCAAUUCAUCCCCCGGGGCCGGACCAGCGGCUCAAGAGCCUUGGACACAUUACGGUAUCUCAGAAGGCGUGUACCGCCUCCGUACUAAGUACCGAUACUGGUUGUGGUGCAACAGCGCGGUGCACGACACCGCAACGUGACACACUCAAGUCAAAGGCAAAUUCCCUUCAGGAAAGUGAGCACCGCCGAGAGUGAUGCGGCUGCACUCCCGACG